AUAGAAAGACGUCAAUGGCUUGAUACUUGAUACUUAAUACUUACAUAGUCUGAAUGUACAUAGAUACUUGAAUAUUUGAUGUGGUACCAAUAAACGGGUAGAUCCGAGCGAGCCUCGGAGUCGGUAUUCGCUAACUAAAUCCCAUAAUUUGGGUAACUACUACCUACAGGCACUAACUGUAGGGAGAUAGACCAUGCGAAAUCUUAACCUAAUUACUCUGUAUUAGGUAGUUAUUAUAAUUAAGACGAAAAGGUCAAUUUUGACUUCCUUUUAAUUUUUCAAGGCUUUGUCAGUCAUGUCAAAUACAAUAAAAUGGACAGUCGUAUGCCCAAGCCACGACACAUUGUGAUCAUAGGGGGAGGUGUCAUCGGCACAACAACUGCAUACUAUCUAACCCGACAUCCCACAUACAACACUGCGAUCCACCACAUCACACUUCUCGAGGCCAGCUCCAUAGCCGCCGCCGCAUCGGGAAAAGCGGGCGGACUUCUCGGCCUCUGGGCAUAUCCAACAUGUCUAGUCCCACUCUCCUACCGUCUCCACGCCGAAUUAGCGGCCGAGCACAACGGCGCCGAAAGAUGGGGCUACAGGCAUCUCGAAUGCGGGCAGCUCACGGCCUCCGUUAGGGACAAGGUCGCACGCGAGUCCCCCAAGGCAAAGAGAAAGAGAAAAAGCAGUCUCGGCAUCGCCAAACAACAAGAAGAGGAAAAUGAACAAACCCCAAAAUCCGACGACAGCGCGCAGGUAGAGUGGCAGAAACUACCCAAGCAAGACGAGAACGCUCGCUCCCUACUCCACAACUCCGUGCUGCCGGAAGAUCUAGACUGGAUCAACGGCAGCCUAGUCCGGGAGUACGCGGAAAUGGGCCUCCCAGGCUUCACCUCAACAGCACAAGUGCACCCGUACCAAUUCACAACCUGGAUGGCGGCGCUCGCGCGCCAAGGCGGGACCGAGAUCCGCGUGAACGCGUACGUAACAUCCAUCGGGCUGAACAAAUCCAACACAAGCGUCGACAGCAUCACCUUCCUCGACCGCCUGACCAGCGAAACCACGACCCUCUCCGGCGUGACAGACGUGAUCCUAGCCGCGGGGCCAUGGACAGGGAAGCUAUGGCCGAAGAGCAAAGUCUCGGGGUUACGCGCGCACAGCGUGGUAUUCGCCGCGGACGUGAGCCCGUACGCGGUGUUCACAAACAUCCGGCUGCCAGCGGACUGGCUGCCGGCGCACCGCGUGGCGCGGGGGGAGACGCGGCGGCGGCACCGCGGAAACGUCGACCCGGAGAUGUACGCGCGGCCCGGGGGCGAGGUGUACGCGUGCGGGGAGCCGGACGCGGCGGCGGCGUUGCCGGAGACCGCGGACCUGGUGCUGUGCGAUGACGCGCAGUGCGAGGACCUGGUCGCUUACAUUGCGUCCGUGAGCCCUGUGCUCGGCGCCGCGGAGGUCGUUGCGAAGCAGGCGUGUUAUAUCCCGCGACACAUCCGGUUCGGGAAGGAGAGCCCGCCGCUUGUUGGUCGGACUAGUGUUGAUGGGCUGUGGGUCGCGGCGGGACAUACGUGUUGGGGGAUACAGAACGGACCGGCGACCGGGAAGCUGAUGAGCGAGUUUGUGUUCGAUGGCGAGGCGAGGAGCGCUGAUGUGGCGGAGUUGGAUCCGGGGAGGUACAAGGUUUGAGUGGAAGGGCUUAGGAGAGGGGAUUGGAAGGUACUUACGUGUAACGGAACGGCG